GAGGUAUGUGGAAGAGAGUGGUGAUGACUAGGAGGAAAGCUGAAGGUGUCGAAAACAAGGAGUACUAGGAAGAGCCCAGGAGCUCAAAGGAGUAUAGCCCUCGUCACUGAAGGAACAACACAGGAAAUGUGUAUAAUGCUAACAGCUGAGAGAAACAUGCUUCAUAUCAGCAGCAAUUAAAACGGAUGGGCAGCAUCAUUGGAACCAUGGGGUGCAGCAGUUCUGUAGCUGACAGAAGGUCAGAGAAUGUCAUUAGAGCUGCAAUCCUCAUCCAGAAGUGGUACCGCUUUACGAUGGCGCGGCUGGAGAUGAGGCGCCGCUAUUCUCUCAGUAUCUUUCAGUCAAUCGAAUAUGCUGAUGAACAGGAUCAACUACAGCUAUCCAACUUUUUUACAUUCAUGCUGGAUCAUUGUACUCAUCCUGAUACAGUUUCUCAAAUUUUUACCAGCCCUAGUGCUCCUCAGGUGGUGGACGAAGACUUAUGUUUAAAAGAAUUUGAAAAGAAGAUUGAUGUUCCAGACUCUUAUUAUGGACCACGACUCUCAUUCCCCCUUACUGUGGAAGAUGCCAAUGCUCUCCUUCAUGCUUUCAGGAAUGAACAGCUGCUUCAUGCCCGCUAUGUACUGCAGCUGCUAAGUGAAACUAGGAGGGUUCUCAAGGAGAUGCCAAAUAUCACUCAUCUUUCAACUUCCUAUUCCAAGGAGAUAACUGUCUGUGGAGAUUUGCAUGGAAACCUGGAUGAUCUUUUGCUGAUAUUCUAUAAGAAUGGUCUGCCUUCAGAACAAAACCGCUAUGUCUUUAAUGGUGAUUUUGUCGACAGAGGGAAAAAUUCUAUGGAAAUACUUAUAAUCCUAUUUGCAUUUCUUCUAAUCUAUCCCAAUGAUUUACACUUGAAUAGAGGAAACCAUGAAGACUACAUCAUGAACCUGAGAUAUGGCUUCACAAAAGAAGUUUCGAAGAAGUACAAGGACCAUUGGAAACAGAUUUUGUGUCUUCUGCGAGAUGUUUUUAGCUGGCUUCCCCUUGCCACUAUAAUUGAUAGCAAAGUCCUUAUCCUACAUGGGGGGAUUUCAGACACCACAGAUCUGGAUUUCCUGAAUGCACUUGAGAGAAAUAAGUUGAAAUCUUUGAUGCGCCCUCCAAAGUCAGUGAGAGAUAGACAGGACCAAACAAAGAAGAGAAUUCCCACGGCCAAACCCAGUAAACACAUUGCCAACCAGCAUGUUGCAGUGAAGACACAACACAACUCUUCAUCGGGCUUCACUGAGCCUUCAGGCUCAAAUUUGCCUCCAGACCCCGCCCUGAAGGAAUGGAAACAAAUCCUUGACAUUCUGUGGAGUGAUCCAAGAAGCCAAAAUGGCUGUACACCAAACAAGUGUCGAGGAGGAGGCUGUUACUUUGGUCCUGAUGUCACUGCCAAGCUGUUUGAGAGGUAUAAUCUGAAGAUGCUCAUCAGGUCUCAUGAAUUUAAGCCAGAAGGUUAUGAGAUCAGUCAUGAUGGAAAGGUUAUCACCAUAUUCUCUGCCUCUAACUAUUACGAAGAGGGCAGUAACCGGGGCGCUUACAUCAAGCUGAAUCCCGAGCUGAUCCCCCGGUUUGUGCAGUACCAGGUCAGCAAGUUCACGCGCAGGCACAAUCUCCGGGAGAGGGUAGGUACAAUUGAAUCAUCUGCCUUAAAGUCCUUACGAGAGAAGAUUUAUGCUCACAAGUCUGAACUCACCAGUGCUUUUGCACAAUACGACGUCAAUGGCACAGGCAGGAUUUCUGUCAACGACUGGGCUGCAGCGAUGGAGUCUGUCCUACAGCUGGAACUGCCCUGGAGGAUGCUGCGGUCUCAGUUAGCACAGAUGAAUCCAGAUGGAGAAGUUGACUUCAUGUCAUGUUUUUAUGAUUUGAAAAUGGGUCAACCUAUAAAAGAGGCUCAGCCAGCUUUGGCAGAAACACUGUGCAGAUACAGAAAGGAUCUGGAGAUCAUCUUUAACAUCAUUGACAAAGAUCACUCAGGUUUGAUUUCUCUUGAGGAAUUCAGCCAGACAUGGAGACUCUUCACUUCUCAUCUGGGCAUUGAUGUACAGGAUGAUUCCAUUGACAAGUUAGUCCUCAGCAUAGACUACAACAAAGAUGGCCACAUUGAUUUCAAUGAAUUUUUAGAGGCCUUUCACGUUGUUCACAGACUUGAGAAAAAGGCAACCUCCUGAAAAGGCAGAACUUCCUGUGGGUUGUCUUGGAAGCUCAGCUUGCUGUCAUUAGUCAUAAAAGGACUGCUCGAUAGGGUCAGUGUGCAAGCCUUUAUUUAGCCCUUCCAGGAUGAUCUGUACCUGCUAAUAAUGGACAGAGGAGAUGAAAACCCACACUUACAGUAUUACCGUGUCACUGCCACGCUGCCAGGACAUUUCAAUUUACCCCCUCCUUUUGGUGGCAUCUCCCUCCAUCAAUCUAAUCCCUGAAGAUUGCCAAGGUCGUGCCUACAGCUGUGUAGGAAGAGAAGAUUUGGUAUGUGUCUGUCAGCAGUCCUUAGUGACAGCUGAGAGUAUUGAUCACCACAAGGAACAUAUCAGACCCACCCUGGUGAUGGAACAGGCACAAAGAGGCUGGCUGUGGGGUGUCCAUUGCAGGAGUAAAAAACAGGGAAGAAGCAUCUGGUUAAAACGGGUAGUUCUGUGUUUAAUCUUGCUCUUUGCAUGAUGCAGAGGAAUUAAAUCAUUCCAGAUCAAUCUCUUCUCCUUCCGAAAGUUUACACAACUUAGGCACAACUUAGAGGAGUGCGGUUGAAAGGUGUUUACACUUGCACUGAAUUUCCUCUUGCCUCUAGUUACUUUUCCCUGCAUUUUUUGGGAUUUGGAGCUAUGAAACAAUCAUAACUGUUUCUGAGAUGAAGCCAGGCUCUCCACAAUGGUGCUGAGCAAUAGGACAAGAGGCAAUGGGCAGAAACUCAUGCACAGGAAGUUCCAUCUGAAGGUGAGGAAGAACUUCACUGUGCAGUGACUGAGCACUGGAACAGAAUGCCCAGAGAGGGUGUGGAGUCUCCCUCACUGGAGAUAUUCAAGAACCAUCUGGAUGUAGUCCUGUGCUAUGUGUUAUGUGAUGACCCUGUCUAAGCAAGGAGGUUGGACCAGAUGAUUCACUGUGGUCUCUUCCAGCAUGACCCAUUCUGGGAUUUGGUGAUUCCAUGAUAACUUGUCACCUUAAUGGAAGCUAAAUUCACAGCAUGUUAAUGCAACAUACAACAGAUCACAGAAUAAAGCUUUAGCUUUCUGAGCAAUGCCUGAGUGGGGUGUCUCUAUGCAUUUUAUGUUUUGGUACCCUGCCCUGAUCACCACAGAACACUGUUCCUGAAGAUGAACUGGGUUUCUUGUAAACACAUUUUGAUACUACUAAGUCAUUCUUUACUAAGAAAAGUAAACUGAGAAGGUCUGAAAUUGAGGUUUUGGAAGUCAGCAAGAUGAAAGACUCUUGCACUCACAUUCCUGUCUCCUUUCCCUGACUGCAAGUCAAUAUUCCCAUUCCUGCUAGUACCAUCCUGUCAAGUCCCAAGGGGGAGAAGUCAGGAGAUCUGGACCUAAUUCUCUCACAUCUUCCCCUCUGAAAGCAACAUCAGAUCAGG